AUUGUAGCACUUAAUUUGAUUUAUUUUACAGGCCAGAACGAAUCGAAGUCUGAAUCGUUUGCUACCUUAGAAAAUGAGUUAUUUUAUACGGAUCCAAGGCAUCGGCUAUCGCUAGCUUAUGAAAAGCUGCACUCAAUACCAAAAUUCCUGCUACAUGAACUAUCGCCCAUUAUUAAAACGUUGGAUAUAAGUCACAAUGAAUUUGACAAUAUUGACUUUGCGGGAGAAUUCAAACAAUUAACAAUGUUUAUCUGUGAUCACAAUAAUAUUACCUCAACAACGCACAUUCCUUACAUGCCCCAAUUGGAAUUGCUAUGGAUGAACCAUUGCAAGAUAGCCGAACUGUAUCCAUGGGCGAAGAGGUUACAACAGGCUUGUCCGAACUUAAGGCAUUUGUCGUUAAUGGGGAACCCAGCGGCUCCGUCGUACCUUAACGGCGGAACAUUUUAUGAGUAUUUACAAUACAGGUUAUUUAUGAUUUCGUUAUUCCCAACGUUGGUUCAUUUGGAUGAUAAAGUCGUUACCGAUGACCAAAGAGCUGAAGCGCAUCGAUUAUACAAAAGGCCAUUUUUUGAAAGGGUUACAUCGAAAACAACUACGACCCUACCUACAUACUUAAGAUCUGUGACGGAUAAAGUUUCUGAAAUUUUGACACCACUACCGACGCUCUCGUUAAAUAACCAAAAAAACUUAAUUAUUUAAACAAUUGUACUUUAUAAUUAUGCAACAUUUAUAAUUUUUAGUUACAAGAACGUGACAACAUUGUAUUUUAAAUUAUAACAGAGAAAUCAAACCACGUAUGGAAAUGUAAGUCUGUGUAUAUGUAGAUAUGUGCACAUAAAAAAGUCCUUAAAAACACCGGUAA